GUGGUGGGAAUAGGCGAGGAUGAAAUGGAGCAAGACACGCAUUCGCGCGUAUCGGGAGUGCCUCCUUGCUCUGGUCUCGCGCGAUAUAUGUGGGCAGGUACGUACCUAAUCUAAACUAGCAGGUACAAACACAGUAUAUCUACCUGGGGGCCAUGGACCGUAAUAAAGAAAGGCUAAAGAGUUAAAAGAAAAUGAUGAAAAAUGGGAAAUAUUUUUCGUUUCAACUAGGAUAUAUAAUAUCCCAAGGGAAAAAAACCACACACACACACACACACACAUGCACGCACACACGCAUGCACGCACGCACGCACAUACACAACAAUAACAAUAGAGAAGAGAAAAUGAAAAAAAUAAAGUCCCUAUCGAGACUAAUAAUUUCGAGAAUUAUAAUAUAGAUUCGAGUAUAUUUUUCAUUUUUCAUUCUCGUAAUAAUUUUCUCGAGAACUGAUAGCAUAAAAAGACAAAAAAGAAAAAAAGAAAAAAAGAAAAGAAACGUAAAAAACGAGAGAAAAAGAAGAAAAAGUUUAAAAAUCAACGAGCCUGAAAUUUCUUUUCAUCGAUAAAGAUCUCACGUAUUAUCCGUCGUAUCGUCGAAUAUGAUUUUAUGAAAGCGCACACGAGGAUUUGCAUCGCUCGUACGAGGAGAAACUCGAUACGAGUUAACCGGUGAAAAGGCCAAAGGAAACUCUCGUAUGCCGCAUGGGGCGGAUGCGGAAAUUAUUGUCGUAGUAAUUACAAGGAUUCGUAAUAACUCGGACAGUGGACGUGAUAGAAGGAAGAUGGUUACUUGGACAGAUCAUCUCUUAACGGUUGAUAUAUCAGACAAAUGAUGAGAUUCCAUUGGAUUGAUUAUCUUAUUUUUUUUUUUUUUUUAAGUAUUAUAAUGAUUUAUUUUUAUUAGGUGAAAUCCGGUUUAUAAAUUUCUAAAUUCCCUCGAUAAUCAUAUACGUAUACCAGUAAUCUAUACACACACACACACACACACACACACACACAUACACACUCAAUCUCAAUAUUAAGUCCUACGAUAAAACUCAAAUGAAUACCAAUUUAACGUUCAAGCGUUCUACUAUAGUAAACGACUAAAUAUCCUCCAUAAUGUACUUUUCUUUUUCUUUCUUUUACUUUCUUCUUUUUCUUUUCUUUUCUUUUCUCUUCUUCUUUUUCUUUUGCAUCAACAGAAUAUUUAGCAAACGGGGCACGAAGAAAGCACAUAUGGCGCGUGCUCCUUAUGCAUAGUGCGCGCGCGCUCGAACUGGAGGCCGUUCACCGUCAAGAAUGAAGAGAACGAACGAACGAACGAACGAACGAACGAACGAACGAACGAACGCGCGCACGCGGAGUCUUCUUUUGCGUUUCCUCCUCUUCCACCUCGCGUGUGCCAUUAUGCCGCGAGUAUAAUUUUUUUUUCUUUUUUUUUUCUUCUUUUUUUUUUCUAUUUUUUCCCUCGCAUGACCACAGAGAUAUACCUCUCGCCCUCUUGGCUCGCUCCCCUCCCACACACACACACACACACACACAUGUACACGCAAACACAUACACACAUACAAACAUACCUCACAUUACUUCUGACAUUAUUUUGUUUCUCGUUUCUCUAGUACCCCUUUUACGACUGGAUCGACAUACGACUCUCUCUCUCUCUCUCUCUCUCUCUCUUUCUCUUUCUCUCUUUCUCUCUCUCCUUCUCUCAUGGAUUUUCUUCUUCCUUUCUCCCUCUCCCUCUCUCGAACGAACGAACGAACGAACGACUAGCAAGCGACCGACCGCGAUCGGCCGAAGAAUGUAAUGUAAUGCCUCGUGGCAUAAUGUAUGCGCGCCAUCAUUUUUCAACUAUCUCACUGGAUAGUCUCGUUUGGUGAAAAGCACUCCUUAGACGGAAAUGUGAGGCCGACGGGAAGGAGGCGAAGGCCGAGCUAACGGCGCAACGCAGUAUGUUCCCUAGCGCACAAAUUAAGAUGAGAUUGCUGUCGCCAAGCAGUUCGCCGGCCACGUCGCCUACGAUGUCGAAUUCCUCGUCACCGACACCACCGACGCCGGUCACGCCGGUUUAUAAUCAAAAGAUGACGGGUAUACCAUGUGUAGCGGCGGCUUCGAGGUACACGGCACCGGUACACAUUGACGUUGGUGGGACGAUAUAUACAUCUUCCCUCGAAACUCUAACCAAGUAUCCAGAAUCAAGACUGGCCAAAUUAUUCAAUGGUAGUAUACCCAUUGUUUUGGACUCGUUGAAACAACAUUAUUUUAUCGACAGGGAUGGUAGUAUGUUUCGGCACAUAUUGAACUUUAUGAGAAAUUCACGACUCUUGAUACCUGACAACUUCGCCGAUUUGGAUUUAUUGCUCGAGGAAGCACGAUACUUCGACAUUGCACCCAUGUGCAAACAAUUGGAACAAAUAAAAAAGGAACGAAUAAAGAAUGGUACCGCGAGCUUAUCCUCGACUACUGGCUCGACUUGUUCAACGGCUACCUCAACCGCCUCGGCAGCAUCGACUAUGACAACGACGACAUCAUCGUCACCUAAACAAGGCACCGGAAGACAAAUUGGCAUGCGCGGGAAAGGCACGUCGAGUUGUUCGCUCGACUGUACAGGUUGCUCGAGUUGCUCGCCUUGCGACCAUGAGACCGAAAAAUUUCGUGGUAACGAGGGUAACCGCAGUUACGAAUGCGUUGCCCUACACGUCAAUCCUGAUCUCGGUGAAAGAAUUAUGUUAUCGGGCGGGCACACUCUUCUCGAUGAAGUCUUUCCCGAGGCCAUGCAAGCUGUGAUUAACGCGCGUUCUGGUAUUGCCUGGCAUCAACAGGACACCCGUCACGUCAUCAGGUUUCCAUUGAACGGCUUUUGCAAGCUCAACUCCGUUCAAGCUAUUACGCGAUUGCUCAAUGCAGGAUUUCGUAUCGUUGCAAGUAGCGGUGGAGGUGGUGAAGGUCAACAAUUCUCGGAAUACCUCUUCGUCAGACAGUCCAUUAAUACCUGACGGAAAACGACGAUCAACAUUUAUCCAAUCAUUUUAUCGAUCUUAUUCGCGAUGUCGUCUCUAAUAUCGAAUAUUAAUCGAGUGAACGCAACGAUCGUGAUUCAAAUUAAUAUUUUCCUCGCCAAUUAUCUUACAAAGCUAAAUCUAUUUUUACGUGGCAAUAGAAAAAUCGAAUCGAUAUUCCGCGUUCGAUAUUAUAGUGCAUUAAAUAUCGAUAAAGAUCUUCGAGAUUUUAUGAUAUAAAGAGAAGCCGAACGUUUACAUGGGAUUGACAUAAAAGACAAAAAGAGAAAAGAAAAAGGAAAAAAAAAAAAAAGAAAAACAAGAAAAAAAGUAAAAGUAAAAGUAAAAGAAAAAGAUAUCAACCUGAUACGGAAAAUGUGUAUUUUGUGUCGAGAGUCUUUAUGCGACGUAAUUAACGGUAGCUUUAAAGAAAUAUAUAUAUAUAUAUAUAUAUAUAUAUAUAUAUAUAUAUAUACAUAUAUAUAGGUAUAGAACGGAGAAGAUGAAGAACACCAUGUCAGCAUUCGUCCAGGGAUAAAUAUUUUAUUCGAUAUUGUUCGGAUGGCUUUGUACUUGGGUAUAUCUUAAGUGCAGACCGAUCAUUCAAAUUUGUUAUUAUAUAAUAAGAUGUACUUAUAUGUAUUUAUAUGCCAUACUAAUUAUUGUAAAUAUCGCGAAUAAACUAUUGUUCGUCUAUACACACAUGCAAGCACGCAUUCACGCAUAUACACAAACACACGUACACACACACACACACGCACGCAACACAGAGAUACGAAUUGUUACGUAUGCAUGUAUUAUUAAAGAAAACAAAAACAAAAAAAAAAAGAAAAGACAAAAACAAAAACGAAAAAGAAGCA